AUGCAGCGAGCAAACACGACCGAGAGCCUGCGCACGCCCGGCGCCAGCAUCGCGACCCUCAACCUGAACAAGCCCCCGCGGCCGGGCAUGGAGCGCGCGCCCACAUCCACCAACCUCACACGGCCGCUGCCCAUCCAGCGCCUCGAGGGCAAGGUCGUCAUGAUCACGGGCGGAGGCGGCAAGGUGGGCGUCGAGUCUGCCGGCCGCCUGCUCAUCGAGGGCUGCAACGUCGCCCUCAUCGACAUCGACCAGGGCGCUCUCGAGGCUGCCGUGCCCGUCCUCAAGGCAGCCAUUCCCACGGGCUCGCCCAUCGAGUCGCGCCUGCUGACCAUUGUCGCCGACGCGACCAAGGAGCCCGACGUCGAGGCAUGCGCCAAGAAGGUGGUGCAGCGCUUCGAGAGGCUCGACGCUGCCCUGCUCAACUGCUGCCAUCGCGGCGAGUCCAAGAGCAUCUUCGACGUCACCGAAGACGACUUUGACCGUAUCAUGACCAUCAACGCCAAGUCUGGUAUGUUUCCCCCCCACCCCGCUCUCUUCGAUAGCGUCACCCCCCCGCUGACUCUUGACCCCCCAGCAUUCCUAGGCGUCAAGUACGCUGCUACCGCCAUGCAGACCACCUCUGGCGGCGGCUCCAUCAUCAUCCGAUCCUCCAUCGCCGGUCUUCGCGGCUUCCCCAACCUCAUCUCAUACAGUGCCAGCAAGUUUGCCCUGCGCGGCAUCGCCCUGACCGCCGCUGAAGAGCUUGGUCCGCUCAACAUCCGCGUCAACACCAUCCACACAAGCAUCAUCCAAACACAGGGCUACAAGGACGGCUGGAACAAGGAGAGGCUGGCAGAGCUCAAGGAGGAGACUGCGCUCGACCGCUUCAGCACCCCAGAUGACGUGGCCAGCGUCGUUGCAUUCCUCGUCAGCGAAGACAGCAAGUUCAUGACUGGUGGACAUUUGAAGAUUGACGGCGGCUGCGUCGCUGUUUAG